CAAAAGUUGUAGUACCAUACGAGAUGAGGUAAACUGAAGUUGCUUGUCCACCACGUGCUCCUUGUUGAAAGAGAAAAAACGAAAAGAGGUUUGGUCAGUGAGGUCUUUGCAACCCAUUUUUCCACCUAGCCGUCGCCCUCCCUCACUGCGGCGCCACCCUCCACUUUCCUCCAUUUUCACUUUUCUUAGUAGUUCACGUAGCUAGGGUUUUAUUUUCUCUCUCUUUUCAUCAGAUGUUAUAGCAGGUAUUCCAUCUGAAUAAUGUUUCUGGCAUUCAGGAUGAAGCAGUAACAUAUUUUAGAGUAUUCAGGAUGAAGCAGUAACAUAUUUCUGAAUAACGUAUUCAGGAAAACUUUAUGUCUUCUUUGAGUGGGCAGAGUGACUUGAAGUUUAACGUGUGAAUUUGGUCACUGUGUUUUGUGUUUGAUCAAAAUGGAUGAAAACGGUCUUGAUCUGAGCUUGGGUCUGCCCUGUGGUGGAGGGGCUGCCUCCGAGAAAAGUAAAAGUGGGAGCUCAUCGGAUUCUAAGGUUGAGGAAGUUGAUAGAGAUGGCAAGGUGAUCAAUGAUUUCAAGAACUUUCUGGAUGGAGGCACUAGCAGCCAAAAGCAUGAUUCUGGUGUGGGUUCUCAGAGAAGUGAUUCAACCAAACAUGAGGGGAACUUGCUCUCCAGCAUUAAUGUGGACGUAGAUGCUUCUAAAAAGUUAAAUAGUGGAGGAUUCUGGGUUCAAAAUGAUAGUAGACCAGUAGAAGUUGAAGAAGAUAGGAGAGCUGAUGUGGGUGACAAACGUAAAAAUCUGUUCAGGGAGUCAAGUCAACAGAAGAAGCAAGAGAGAGAAGGUCAUCAUGCUGAUACGCAUGACAAGACCAGGACAUCACACAUUUCAAUAACCACAGAUGAGGGUUCGACUGCAGAAAAUGAAGAUGUAGCUGAUUCUGAAACUGUAGGUUCAACAUCCAGGCAGAUUUUGCAGCAUGAUGAGAGCUCCAAGAGAUUUGUUGGAAGUAGUGGUUUAGCUGAGGUUCAUAAGGAGCUUCGCAGUGUUCCUGCUUCAAGUGGUGUAGAAUUAAUAGGACAAAGAAGGUUUACUAUCUCUUCAGAGAAGGAUGUUAAGUUUGGGAAUAUACCAUAUACUAUCCCAUUCCAAGGCCAAUCAAUAAACAUCAUGAACCUGCCUUACUCUAUGCCUCUGAAUUCUAACACUGUUAGUACAACAAGUACGACUAGUUACCCAGUUCCUGGCGUGAUGCAAGUGAUGGCUACCACAAGUGGAGAUAGACCAGGAAGCCAGCCUGUCAUACCUGCAAACUUGCCAUUAAUGUUUGGCUACUCUUCUGUACAGCUUCCAACAUUGGACAAGGAUAACCUCCGCGGUGUGGCUUCUCAUCUUCAACAGCUUCACCCUUCCCAUGGAAGAGGUCCUCUGGGUUCAGAUAUGCAGAAAGAUGGACCAAAUAUUUCUCAAGCUACUACGUCAUCUAUUCCGCACAAGUCAUCUGAUUCUGUACAAUAUGAUGGGAGGGCAAUGGAGCAUGUGAAAGGCAAUGGGAGACAGCAUAAGGCAGAAGAAACUUCCAAUUCUCGAGGGGAGGAAAAUGUGAAAGGAAGCAACAUAAGCUUCAGGGCAAAAGACCCUCCUGACCAGCCCAGAGCAGAAGCAGUUCCUUCUGAAUUUUCAACUAUUAGGCCAGGUCUUGCUGCAGAUUUGAAAUUUGGAGGAUCUGGUUCCUACCCGAAUCUACCGUGGGUCUCAACGACUGGUCCUGGUCCAAAUGGUAGAACAAUAUCUGGUGUUACUUACAGAUACAGUUCCACCCAAAUCAGGAUUGUCUGUGCUUGUCAUGGGUCUCACAUGUCACCAGAUGACUUUGUGCGGCAUGCAAGCGUAGAGCAAACUAGUCAAGAACCUGGCACUGGGGUUUCAUCAUUUCCAAGUAGCAAUCCGGCUGCCUCUGCCCAAAGCUGAUUUUGAAUAUAAAAUCCUGUGCUGAAGAAUGAAGUCAUCUUUCCUUGUAUCUUCAAAUAAAUGUAGGAAGCAGAAGUAUCUUCAUAGUUCAAAUGAAUGUGUUUCUGCAUAUAUCUUGAUGCAUAUGCACAUAUCCCAUUACAUGCUGUUAGUCUAGCCUCUGAAAUUGAUAUGCUAGCAAAAUAUUUGUAAUAAAGUAUAACUUUUUCUUUAUCAAGUAUAUCAUAAGCGCUCUCCGGGCCUUUCCA